UGCGAAUAGCAACGAAUCCAAGCAGGAACGAGAAAAACGACAUUACGAAAAAAAAACAGAAAAACACAAAAGAAAGAAGAAAACGACAAAAUUUUAAAAAGUUGGAGUGCUCUUUGCGACGACACGGGUCUGCUUAUUUCUUGCUCAUAUUCUCCUCAGUGUGUGCGCGUUGGAGAGUGUGAGAUUUUUGAGCCUGAAAAAUUCGGCAGUGUGACUCGGGUAUUCAAUGAAAAUACUGAUUUUCCUUCAAUUUUCUCCACGUUGAACCCGGCAAUAGGAAAAAGUCCUUCCCCCCCAAGGCCUACACACACGGUGGUUGGCGAAAACGGAAUUCCAGCAUGGUGCGGUUAUCGGUGUGGGUCCUACUAGGACUUGCGCUAUUCACCCUCUCGGUGCACGACCUCCAGGUUAGUGCAGAAACUCCAACGGAGUACGAAUGUCGGCCAUACAUUGAAAAAGCACUGCAUGAACUCAGGGCAGGAGAAACAGAUACCGUGAGUAAGGAGGAUGCGACCACGGAGGAUGUGACUACGGAGGAACCGAGUAGUUCUGAAACACCAAUAGAUGUCACUAGCCAAGAGGAGGAAGACAACACUGCCGCCGAGGAGACCAGUAUUGAGCAAGAUGUUCCCGAACCCGAACAGCUGACCGCAUCGGAAGAGGUGCAGGAAGCACUUUUCGACAAUUCCACCGAGCAACCCAUCGAGGGUAGCGAGGAAAAUGCAGAAGGAGACGAAGAGGUAGAGGAAACUGAAGAAGUGACUGCUUCUGAAGAAGAAGAAGAAGAUGAUGAUGAAGUAGCAGCAGCGGAAGACGAGGAGGAGGAAGAUGAAGAAGCACAAACCGAUGAAGCUGUAACCGAGAGUCAGGAACAGGAAGCUGAAGCCGAGGACGAUGAUGAUGAUGAUGAAGGUGCCGACGAUGAAGACAAAGAAGAUGCUACCAGUGCCGAUGCUGAGGACGAAGACGACACUGAUGCAGAUGCUAGCGAUGAGGCAACCGAAGAUGCUGAAGAAGACGACGACGACGACGACGAGGUAACAGAAAGUCAGGAGGAUGCUACUCUGAGCGAAGAAGCUGCUGAAAAGGAGGCCGACGAAGAUUCUGAUGCUGAUGAUGGGGAAGACACGGAAGAGGAAAUCAGUGCUGAGGCAACUGAUCAGGAAAAUGAGGAAGAUAAGGGAGGUGAUGACGAAGACGAAGAAGAAGAUGAAACUGAGGAUGACGAAGAUGAGCAGGAAGAGACUGAAGUGAGCGCGGAAGCGGAUGAAGACGAAGACGAAGAGGAAGAAGAUGACCAGGAAGUUGAACAAGACGAACAAGAUGAAGAGACGGAGGGGGAUGAGGAUGAAGAUGACGAAGAUAAGAGUGAUGAUGACGAUGAGGAAGCUAAAUAUGCGGCAGAAGUGAGCGAAGAAGCGGAAGAAGUCGACGAAGACGAAGACGACGAAAUGGCGGCUAGCGCUGAGGAAGAGGAAGAGGAACAACCAUCGGCUGAAGUAGAAACAGAAGCUGAAGCAAGUUCGGAAGCCGCUGAAAAAACUGAAGAAGCAAGCAACGAAGCUGUAGAGGAGCCAGCUGUUGCUAGCGAAGAAAUCGUAGAAGAAGUCAGCGUCGAAACUUCGGAAGAAACUGCCGAACCAGUAGAAGAACAAACCUCUGAGGAGAAUGUUGUCUCUGUUGAGGAAACUGAACCAGUUGAGGAGGUCGUCGCUGAAAGCACAGAGGAAGCUGCAGUGAUUGAGGAAGCUGCAACAGAAGAAUCCGCAGAGGAAGCCGAGGUUGUUCCGGAACCGGUUGUGACUGAAGAGGAAGCCAGCGAAGAAGUGGCACAAAAGGUAGAAGUCACAUCCGAAGAAGCCACGCCAGUUUCUGAGGAAGCCACACCAGAUUCCGAAGAAGCCGUGGAGGCUGCUGCAGAAGAAAGUACCGAAGAAUCCGAACCGCUUCCGGAGGAAGAUCUGCUACUGGAGUACGAAAUCCCAACGAACCUUAGAGAUACUUCGCACGUUUACGAAUUGCUGCACAUUAACGACCAGUCCGCCCAAAAGGAGGAGGCCCUCCAGAAGGUCGCGGGCGUUAUCCUUCGUGAUCUGAAGAAAAUCUACGACACCGCCAUCAAACCGCUGGAAAACCUCUACAAGUACCGUGAUCUCAGUAAUCGUCACUUUGGCGAUCCCGAAAUCUUCUCCAAGCCACUGAUCCUUUUCAUGGGACCGUGGAGCGGUGGAAAGUCUACUAUUCUCAAUUAUCUUACCCACAAUGAGUACACUCCCAAUUCGGUUAGGACCGGUGCCGAACCAUCGCCAGCCUACUUCAACAUUCUCAUGCACGGUGAUGAACCGGAAGUGCUGGACGGAACUCAGCUCGCUGCCGAUUGGACCUUCUCCGGACUGCAGAAGUUCGGUCAAGGUUUGCUAGAUCGCCUGCGAGGACACAAGCUGCCCAACAAGCUGCUCGAACGGGUCAACAUUGUCGAGAUUCCCGGCAUUCUAGAGGUACGCAAGCAGGUCUCUCAGUACUUCCCCUUCAACGAUGCCUGCCAGUGGUUCAUCGAUCGUGCUGACAUUAUCUUCCUGGUGUACGAUCCAUCCAAGCUCGAUGUCGGACCAGAAACGGAAGCCAUUUUGGACCAGCUCAAGGGAAGAGAAUAUCAGACCCGCAUCCUACUCAACAAGGCCGACCAAGUGAAACCGGAAGAGCUGCUCCGCGUCCAGGGCGCCCUGAUCUGGAACAUUUCGCCAUUGAUGUCCUCUGCUCAGCCACCAGUGAUGUACACCGUCUCUCUGUGGUCCAAUCCUUUCGAAACCGGAGCACCAGUGCGUCUACUGCAGGCUCAGGAACGUUCCUUGCUGCUCGACCUGGGUCAGGCCAUCGACAAGAGAAUCGAAAACAAGAUUGCCAGUGCACGUCGCUUUGCUGUACGUGUCCGUAACCACGCCAAGAUGGUCGACUGCUAUUUGACGACCUACUAUAACCACAAGACGCUGUUCACGAACAAGAAGCACAUUUCCGAGCAGAUCAUCGGCAACCCGCAGCAGUACCACAUCUACGAGGGUCUCUCCACGUUGACCAACAUCUCUCGCUACGACCUGCCGGAUCCGGACGUAUACCGUGACUUCUUCCACCUGAACCCAUUGUACGAGUUCCAAAAGUUGUCUGAGACGUGCACGUACUUCCGCGGUUGCCCGAUCAACAAGCUGGACAUUGCCAUCGCGUACGAUCUGCCCGAGUUGAUCGGCAAGUACAAGAAGCUGGCCGACGCGGCUAUCGAGAAGCUGAAAAUCCCGUCGCAAACUACUGAUUUCGGACGAGGCAAAUCAAGCAGUUGAGUGUGAUACGAGAUAGUGGGCGGCGAGCAUCUCGCACAAAUCCCCACCCCGCCCCCUCAUCCUAAGAAUUCACCCUUUUCGAUGUUAUUGUUUCUCUCACACACGCGCAUUCGUUGAGUUUUUGUUUAUCCCCAUACAUACUUGUUUCGUUACGAUACUAUUAUCUGUAUAGCUUUAGAUGUAGUUCACGCUCAUACACAAAAUGCGUACACACAUACGUGUUACAAAUACAAAUUGUCCAAAUGAAAGUGAACGAAUGAUUGAUCUAUAUAUAAAUUGCAACCUGUCAUUUAAAGCAAUGCAUUAGAGAGAUGAGAGCAGAUGAUGUCUUAAUUUUAAUUUUCUGUUUUAUAGUCGAGUAGAGUUUCUUCCUACAAUUCGAAAAUCUUAUGAAAUUUUAAAAUACGACAAAAAUCGCAUCUUCGAGUCCGAAUCCAGCUAUAGAAAACCAUAACAAACUCUAGUCAAAUUCAAAUUUCUUUCAAGAGGCUGAUGUUGAAACCAAAGAUAUAAGAGAGAAAAAGAGAGAGAGAUAGAGGAAAAGGACAUAACCUCAACAAAAAAUACGUUUUCGCUAGUGCUGGCGCGAAAUACACCAAACAACUAUUAAGAUCACGCUCGUUUGUUAACCCUAGCCACAACAGCCUUAAUGUAAACAAAACAGUAUAGAGAGAUGUAAACCGAUCAGAUGGAACGUGUCAGCAUUUACAAUUGCAGUUUGUAUGGAGCUAUUGUUAUUGUAACACAAAAAAAGAGGAGAAAUGAGGAAGCUCAGUUGAUCAAAAAUAAAGAUUGAUUU